CCCACCCCGGCCCCAACGGAGAGCGCAGAAGACAAACAGCGCGACUGUGUCACGCCGAGAGCGUCGGCCCCGCGCGCAGCGGGAGCUUCUGGGCGCCAAUGGAGAGCCUAGAACGUUCAGGCUUGCCUGCGUUUUCGCAUGGGCAUGACACGACCGACAAAGCCGUUCCCCGCACAACCUUUCAGAAGCCGUUUGUAGUCAGGCUCCUCGACGUGCACAGUCUUGAGGAGCCUGAGGAGCCUGAGGAACCCGAGGAACCCGAGGAGCCGGAGGAACCGGGGGAGGCCAACGAGCAGAGCACGCAAGACCUGUGCAUCGACCUUUAUGAGUCCGAGGAGACAUCUGAACCCCACAAACCUUAUGAGCCCCACAAGCCUUAUGGGCCCCACAGACACUAUGAGCCCUACGAAUCCUGUGAGCCCCAGGAGCCCCAUGAAGCCUACGAGCCCCAUGUACUGAGCAAGUCCAGUAAGCCCCGGGGUCCCCCUGCUCCUCGCGAGACCCACAAGCCCCACAAAGUCGAGGUGCUUCCCAGCGCCACCCUGGCGACCGCCCCUUCUCUGGUGACCAGAUUCCCGCCUCGGAUUCCGCAGUCUUGUCUAAGUGAUACUGGUCUCUUUGGCAUUGCCAGGAAAUGUUUGUUUUCUAGGAAGAGAAUCCAAGAUCUUUCUAGGCCUAAAAGGCAAUGGGGAACCCCAGAUAGAAAACUGUUUUGGGGGAAUCAAGAUCCCAUUCGCCCUAUUUCCCAGAUAGCUUUGAAGGCUCAGCUGACCAAAAAACUUGAAGACCUUGCCCAUCCCAAGGAAGUCUCCCACCAUUAUGUACCUAACAGGGCUCAAUAUUACUACAGCUGUGGUAGAGAGUCUAUAAUCUGGGAGAUCCCUUCUGCUGCAUUGUUUAGCCAACCCUCCAAAAGGAUCCAGCAGCUGGCACUGCCCAACAGAUUCAAGAAAAAUUAUCUAAUAAGCAGGACCUACAGUGAUUACUUAACAAGAAGUUCUCUUCAAAUCUCUGAUCCUUCACCCCGUUUAUUACAACUCUCAGUAGCCAAAGCCACAAACCCAAACUAUGUACCUCCAAAAAAGAUUGAAACCAAGAUUGCAGCUUCUGCCCUGAGUGCUGUUGCAACUCCAAGACUUGUAGACCUUGCCCAUCCAAGGAUCAAGAUAGAGGGUCUGUGCUUUGAAAGAGAAAAAUGUGAAAUGCCUAUCCGUCCUGUAUCCCGUGCUGCCUUGCUAACCAAAGCAAGCCCUCGAAUAAUAGCUCUAGCUGAGGCCAAGCCUCUUCAUCAAGAUUAUCUACCUGUCCGUGAGGCCCGUUGGCCAGUAUCUUAUGCUGCUAUCCAUUGCAAAAUAUCUCCCAGACUUCAAGAACUAGCUAAUCCAAAUACAAGGUCUCCUGUGCAUAUUAUAUACUAUGAUCCAAAUGUCUUUAAAGUCAAGCCAGCUGCUCUGAAAGCACAGUGUUCUCCAAGGAUCCAAGAGUUGGCAGAACCUCUUAUGCGUUAAACACAGAAAGCCACGUCAGUCAGACCCAGUUAUGUAUCUAGAAGAUAUAUUAGGUGACUUAGUUCCCUAUUCUGAUGCUGUCAGGUUGUAUUUCCCCAUCCCCUCAAAAACCACACGAGACUUCCAGAGAACACCACUGAGACCAUCGAUAGCAAUUCCUGCCGUUACCUGUAAUCAUAAUUUAGUAGGUUUGGGGACUUAAGCAUGCAAUAAAAGAGAAGAUGAGA